AUGACAGUGUUUAAUCACUUGCUGCGCCAUCUUGAACAAGAGCCAGGCACAAUCAGUAACACCUCGCUCACUUCUCUUUUCCAGUUCAUCACUCUUGCAACCCGGCUUAAAAACGACAUCAUCCUUGUGGAGCCUUCCUUGAGUCCAACUUCAGAUCCACCAUUUGUUCUAUCACCUGCAGUCACUGUGUUUCUUAGCGCAGGCUGUUCAAUCUCUCCAGCUGAAGUCAAUGAUGCGUGGUCCCUCCUCAAGGAUGUCAUUUGGAGUGGAGGGAUCACUGUUGAUGUGGGACGGCUAUGGGAGACACAUGGCACUCAAAGGGGUCUAGCUGAGUAUCUGCUCUAUCCUCCUAGCCACUCAUGCCUUCAUCCCGACUGCCAACAUCGCACAAAGGGCAUGACUCUCAAGAAGGCUGCUCAAACCUAUGUGGUGUUGUUCACAAUGACGAAAGGCCCAUGCAUUGCAAAAUCCGUCCAUCUCUACUGUCAAACUUGUGGAAUCGAUUACCACCAUAAUUACAGCGUGUUUAAAGGAGAGCGCACCUAUUACGAGCACCAACCAGAUAGUGUUCAGGCUGCGGAUCAUGUGUUCAUCGAGAAGAGUGUAAUUGAGCUCUUUAGGACUGCAAUGGAUUUCUCAUGGACUUCAGCUACGAACUGCGCAAAGUUGUAUAACCUUUGCCUCUCACAUGGUAAGCAGACACCUGCAGACUUUAAAGUCAAGUUUGAGCUUUCUGUCGAGCAUGUUUGGGAUGGUUAUGUAAUAACUUCACUGCUGGAGGACUGUGAGCGUCGCAUGAACACCCUCGUUGCUCCCCACACUGGUGAACAGCGAGACCGAUUCACGGAGGCCAUGAUCGCAAGGAACCGCCACAUUCAGCUUUAUGGCUAUGAGCAGGUCCGUCGCCACUACUGCAAUAGAUGCACAAGCAUGUAUAAAGAUGAGCAAGGUGUCGUCACGCAUAAAGUGUCCGCUGUCGUCGUCGAUGGUGUCACUGUCGGCCAUCCAUGCUGUGCGGUUUAUAACUGCCACACCCCACUGUCUAACAACCACCAUCACUUUUGUCAUCUACACUCUGGUCAAAAUGACAAGUGCGUGAUCAUCGGCUGUGACCUGCCCAUUGUACGUGGCCGACGCACUUGCUCAACACUGGAACAUCGUCAAGUCGAGGAUACUCACGAGCUGCGUGGUCAAUCCAGAUUCCAGCUCCAGGAGCGCCUCGCUCGUGCCAGAACUACCAUUGCCACCAACACAUCUCUCACAGAUGAUCCACCAGAUGAAGAAGAGUAUGAGUUUAAUGAGAAUACCAGGAGAGCACUUCCUGCUACCAGUUCAUCCCAGGACAGACCUGGAAGGAAGAAGUUCAGGGCAGUCUUUGGCCGCCGGCGCACACACAACGAGCAGUUGAUUGUUGCUCCAUGCGGUAUGAUUAUUGCUCGAAGGACUUUCUUUGGAGCAGAGGGAGUAGCCAGUGUCAAGCAAUUCAUCAAAGAAGUCUAUGCAGGCGAAGACGCUGUCAAGCCCAAUCACAUAUUCUUCGACAACAACUGCACCCUUGCAAAACUUGCAAUGGGCGAUCCUUUCUUUGACAACAUUGGCUUGUCCGUCGACGUUUUUCAUUUCAAAUGCAAGCAUUCACAGACCGACACAUUCUGCCAGGAGAAUUGCAACCCAGAAGCAUUCCCUGAGCUCCAUAGGGAUGAUGGGAAGGGUUGGCGGUUCAAUUCCUCCGUGGCAGAACAAACAAACAAUUGGUUCGGCAAGUAUCACCCCAUCGCUCGUGAAAUGCUAGCUCACAAAUUCAACUUCUUUUGUGAGUUGAUCUUACGGAGGAAUCAUCGGACAGAGGAGAAGCUGGGCAAGGAUGGACACAACCCACGCAUAUGGCCAUGUCAGCAGGUAUUUGAGUAG